AUUUUGUUGUAGUCCGUAGUUGAGGACAGGAAGUAGUUCUAUUUGUUUCAGAAUCCUCCUGCUGGGGGUGUGAGGCUGGAGAGUGUGUGCAGACAAGGAGGAGAUGUAUUUAGCUGUACAAGCCAAUCAGUGUUCCAAUUACGAGCUAUAAAAUGCUAAAGACGUGAAAGUAUCUAGAAGGACACAAGGAUCUCUACAAGGACGUCAUGACGGAGAAGCGGCCGCCCCUCACAUCACCGGAUGGAUCCAGUAAUGGGAACCCACCAGAGAGAUGUCCCCGUCCUCUGUAUUCCCGGGACUCCACACAGGAACAUCAGGAGGAUCAGAAUGAAGAUGUGAUUAUUUUUAAGCUUGAAGAUGAAGAAGAUUUGUACAUGGAAGGUGAUGAUCCGUGUAAGAAGGAGGAAACCCCUCCAGAGAUCAGCACAGACCCCGGAGACACCAGAAACACUCAGAGAGAGGCCAAAUCUGAGAAGGAGGAAGAAGGACGUGUGAGGAUUAAAGAGGAGGAGGUUCCUGUAGUGGUCGGCGUGGAUGCACUCAGGAACCGGAACACACCAGAGGGGGGGGCCGGUCCUCUGUAUCCCCAGGCUUCCACACGGGAUGAUCACAAGGAUGAUCAGAGGGAAAAUUUGAUCAAAGUCAAAGAAGAAGCGGAAGAGCCGUACGUGGGAGGUGACGAGCCGCGUAAAGUGGAGGAAAUUCCUCCAGAGAUUGGAAUAGAUGGCAGAUACAAUGCUAAGAACUGGCAAGAAUGCGCCACUAUUUCUCUGCAAAGUGGACUACAAACUGUCGACAUCAUAGCAGAUUCUCCAGGAUACCCUGCCAUUCUCAGUACAGGUCUAACAUCCUGGGGUUCUUCUGGUGACUUGCACCCUAAAACCCAUCCUAGGGCUUACACAGGGAGUGAAACCUUCGCGUGUUCUGAAUGCGGCGAAUGUUUUACCCAGGGAGAGGACCUCACCUCCCACCAGAGAGGUCAUGAAAAGGAGAAGCCAUAUUCCUGUUCCGAAUGUGGGAGAUGUUUUUCUCAAAAAGUUCAGCUCACUAGACACCAAAGAACUCACUCGGCUGAGCAGCCCUUUUUAUGCACGGCGUGUGGAAAAUGCUUUACGGAAAAAUGGACGCUGGCUAAACAUCAGCGUAUUCACGCAAAGGAGAUGGAGUAUUCGCGUUCAGAAUGUGGGAAACGUUUUGCUUUCAAUUCCUCCCUGACUAAGCACAAGAGAACUCACUCUGGGGGGAAGCCGUUCUCGUGCUCGGAGUGCGGGAGGUGUUUUUCAAACAGGGAACGUUUCACUGGGCAUCAGAUGGAUCACGCCGGGAAGAAACUGUUUUCGUGUUCGGAAUGCGGAAAAUGCUUCUCCCAGAAAUCGAAUCUCGCCACUCAUGAAAAAGUUCACACGGGGGUGAAGCCGUAUUCGUGUUCGGAAUGCGGCAAAUGUUUUUCGCAAAAGGCGACUCUUACCACGCACGAGAAAGUUCACACGGGCGAAAAGCCGUAUUCGUGUUCGGAGUGCGGGAAAUGUUUUUCUCAGAAGUCGACGCUCACGACUCACGAGAAAGUUCACACUGGGGUGAAGCCGUAUUCGUGUCUGGAGUGCGGAAAAAGCUUUUCCCAGAAGUCGACGCUCACCACUCACGAGAAAGUUCACACGGGGGAAAAGCCGUAUUCGUGUUCGGAAUGCGGGAGGUGUUUUUCCAACAGACGAAAUCUUAUUGGUCAUCAGACAAUUCAUACAGGGGAGAAGCCGUAUUCUUGUCUAGAAUGUGGUCGAUGUUUUUCCAACGGACGAAAUCUAAUUGCACAUCGGAUAACUCACACGGGGGAGAAACCAUAUACGUGUUCAGAGUGCGGGAGAUGUUUUUCCCACAAGUCCGCCCUUACCAGCCAUGAAAAAAUUCACACUGGGGCAAAGCCAUACUCGUGUUCUGAAUGUGGGAAAUGUUUUUCAUUUAAUUCAUCUCUUUUUAAGCACAAGAAAACUCAUAAUGGGCAAAAGGCAGUUUUAUGAUCUUAGGGCCAGAUCCACAUAGAUCGGCACCGGCGCAGAGUAUCUAAGAUACGCUACGCC